AUAUUUCCACCAAACGACAGCGUAUUAUGUCACCACCCAGCUCAUCACGAACCAUAUUCCGUUUUCCCGAUCCCAAAAACCUCUCUCUCCUCUUCUCUUCUCUUCCCUUCUCUCUGUGAUCAGCUCAGCCUCAGCCUCAGCUCUUGAUGGAAGGACUGUGGCGGGCAGCGACGGGCCAGGACCCGAGCCCAGAAGACUACACGGGCAUCGAGUACUGGUCCAACCCCGAACGCGCCGCCUGGCUGACGAAGCAAGGCGAGUACAUCAAGACCUGGCGCCGCCGCUGGUUCGUCCUCAAGCAAGGCAAGCUCUUCUGGUUCAAAGACUCCCACGUGACCCCCUCCACCACCCCACGUGGCGUCAUCCCCGUCGGCACGUGCCUCACCGUCAAAGGCGCCGAGGACGUCCUCCACAAGCCCUGCGCCUUCGAGCUCUCCACCACCACACACGACACCAUGUACUUCAUCGCCGAUACCGAGAAGGAGAAGGAGGAGUGGAUCAACUCCAUCGGACGGUCGUUGGUCCAGCACUCCAGAUCGCUCGCCGAUUCCGAGGUCGUCGAUUACGAUAACCGCCGGUGAAGUCUCUCUGUAUAAGUGUUUAACUUUUUUUAUUUUUUGAAUGAAAAGAAAACUAGUUCAGUGUAAGAUUUCUCGUGAUCGAUUGGAACUUUGGAGCUUGAUUGUUGUGGAAAUUUGAGAGAUUUUAGGCUGAAUUUUGUUGCUUUGUGGCUUCUGUGUUUAUGUUUUCGUGUAAUUGAGAGGGCAAUCUAUAUAGUUUUCGUGAUUUUGUUAGAUUCGGUUGGUAAAGAUUGACACUUUAAUGGUUGCGUGCUUGUGCU